UAUUUUAGUACUGAUCAUAUCCCAGUUGUAGCAGCAUAUAUUUAAAACGUAUUUGUUAAAAACCCGUUUAUUUAUUGGAUAUGUCUCUAAAAGGAUGUAAGCGAUUUUUUGUAACAUAUUUAAUAGUGCAACUAUGUUUAGCGGAACAAAAUAUCCAACAUAAAGCUCGGAUAAACUAUAAACUCAAAGAUGAGAAUAUAUCUAAUGAAACCAGUUCUAGCAGUCUUGCUAAUUGUAUGAUGUAUUGUUCCAUGCAGCAAGAUUGUAUAACGGCGUCAUUCAAAUCACCGGCAGAAAACUGUCUGUUGUCGUCGUACGAUACAAUUGAUGACGGUCUGCAGAUACCUGGUACUCCCAGUGGAUUGUUAUUUUCUGACGGAUGGACUACAAUGACGAAGAUGAGAUAUCCAGUUUUUCACGCCACUGGUCAACAUGGGCGCUACGGUAUGACCUUUGAACAAGCUAAGCAACAAUGCAUUGACUAUGGAACAACUAUUGCCUCCCCGACAGAAGUUAUACAAGCACGAUCCAUGGGAUACCAGAUGUGCGCAUGUAGCUGGAUGUCAGAUGGUUCCAACGGCUUGGUUGUUCAGUCAUACAGCCCUGGUUGUGGUUUCAGUAAAACGAUAGUUUACUGUCAUUAUAGAAAAGCAAAUGUCUUUUGUAAACUGGUGUAAAGUAAACUUGCAGAUUCGCUAACAAAAGGGACCAGGAAAAUAUCUUGUGUUCCACAGUAUGGAUACUAUAGAACAUUUAAAAUAAUCAAUUAACCAAAAUAAAAUAUUCAUGUUGCGUUGCAGAACUACUAAGAAUAAUGUUU